GCACUCUGCCACACCCCGCACCAUCCAAAAUCCUUCACCACAUCUCUAACUCUUGCCAACUAUACAGCCAUGACAUAUCUCCCCACUCUCAACUGGAAAGACGAGACUUACUACAACCAGCACCCCCACCAAGCGAAGCUCCGAGACGCGUGCCUCUCAAGAGUCAACUGGGACGCAUUAUGCCGCUACGCUUCAUCCAAGAACUCAGACAGGCAGUGCACGCUGCUCGAGCAAAAUACUCUCGGCGGCGGGCACCUCAUUCGACUUUUGAGAUUUCCAUCUCCUGAAACAUCUGAAUCAGCUCAAACCCUAUGGAUUGCCCGCAUCCAACUCGAACAGUCAACACCGGAAACAGAAUCGCUGCUCUGUGCUGAAAUAAACACCAUGGAACUCGUUAGGAUAAAGACGGGGAUUCCGGUUCCGAGAAUACACGGAUAUGAGCUUAAUGAUGGGAAUAGUGUCCGCGCCGCAUUUACUCUUAUGGACUUCCUACCUGGGUCUUCGGCCAUGGACGCAGACGGCGGUUUCAAAGUCCACGGUGGCCGGGUCCCAGAUGAGAGGAAGAAGGUAUUCUUUGAGGAGGUUGCGAGAGUGCAGGUGAACCUAUCCUCCAUCCGACUCCCGAAAAUCGGCUCUGUUAUUAGACAUCCUGACAACUCCUUCGACGUUGGUCCGCUGCCCCAUCUAGGCGGACCAUUUUCAACGGCGAAUGAGUUCUUCCAGGCGUGGGCGAGACAUGCAAAAUUCCCUAGCUCUGAAGAGUCUAUUCGUGAUAUCAUGAGACAUAGCCCCAGUUCGAUCCGGGAGGAGGUUCUAUACUCGAUUCAGAAUUUCCCUAGACGGCUACAAGAGCUCGCUUCUGCGGGUAUGAUAUCAACAAAGAACAAUACCGGGCCAUUCCCACUAUACCACCCAGACCUUUACCACAGUAACAUCAUCGUGGAUGAGUCUUACAAGAUUCUCGGCGUCAUUGACUGGGAGGGUGCUUGCACUGUACCCUGGGAGGCUGUCCAGUCGCCACUAUUCCUAACUACUGUGCCUCCGGCUAUGGAUGACCCAGGGAAUUAUGGAAAGGACGGACGACCUAAGGAUCUUAAUACUAUACGCCAGUAUGCUGAUAUGGUGGACUACGUGAGGUGUGUACAAGAGAUAGAGGAGGAUAUGGGAAUUGACCAGACGUUAUCUGGGAUUCUGCUUAAUCCGGAUGUACAGGGUCUUGCGUUUGCGCUUAAGGUUUAUAUUGACCCUGGGAAGAUGGGGCUUUAUUGUAAUGUGUUGGAGGCUUUUGGGUAGGGUGCUCGAUAUUAUUUGAAUGUUCGUAUUUACUUCGUAUAAUAUUGCCUACUGUUUAUUGAGAUAACAAACCAGCCUCAAUGGCCUUGAUCUGCAACGCCAGGAACUUCGAGUAAACCCGGCACAGGGCGAGAUUCCCUCCCAUAUACCAGAACCCUGGAUGUCCGCUUGGUCUCCACAUAGCAUUAAGCUCCCCCUCCUCAUCCAAGUCCCAAACAUCCCUCAACCGAUCCGCAACCUUCCCACCUAGUGUCUUCCGCACAGUCGUGCGCAUGUUAUCAUACCCUGUAGCAAGAACAACAAUAUCUGCGUCUAACUCCCCGCCAU